UCCAAGUGAUGAAAUAAGUCUGAAGUUGAAAGUUGCUGCUGCUGCUGCUGAUUUGCUGAUUUCGCUCUCCUCCUGUGAAACUACACCUUUAUUUGGUUUAAUUAAUUGAGGUUUAAAUAAUCAAGUCCAGAUAAUUUCCAGUGUGACCUUUACGUUUGACCUUUGUCAAGUACCAAUCCCAUCUACGUACUUAGUAAAGGUCCCUUUCGUAUUUACGUUUUGACCACGGGUCAGCUUAACCAUAGGUAAUAUUCAUAUGUCUCGCUCCCAGAACACGAAACGGCAUCAUGUCAGCGUUACAGAUACGGAGCUCAAGGAAAAAGGGAAUCGGUACUUUUCCGAGAGAAAGUACGAAGAAGCAAUCAGGUGCUACUCUCAAGCAAUACAAAAGAAUCCAUCGAAUCCAAUUUACUACACCAACAGAGCCUUGAGUGGAUUGAGGCUCAGCAGAUUUCAAGAUGUAGCUGCAGAUUGUAGAUCGGCUCUGGAAUUGGAACCAAACAUGGUCAAAGCUCACUUUUACUUGGGUCAAGCUCUCUGCGGUCUGGAUAUGUUGGACGAUGGAGUGAAACACCUCCAGCGUACCGUGGACCUUGCAAAAGAACAAAGACUGAACUAUGGAGACGACAUGACACAAGUUUUGCGACACUGGAGAAAGCGUCGAUUUUCUAUCCAAGAAGAGAAACGGCUUGCGGAGGAAAUCGAGUUGCAGACAUAUUUGUCUCGAUUGAUUAGAGAGGACAGAGAGCGUCAAAUUGACGAAUUCAAGGCUCAGCAAGCUGCUAAAGGCGACUCUGAUGAAACGGAGCUGAACGCAAAAAUUGCUUCUGUAGAGAAGUUCUCCGAUAAUUGCAUGAACGAGAUGAACAACUUAUUCGCAAAAGUUGAUGAUAGACGAAGGAAGCGUGAAGUCCCCGAUUACUUGUGUGGCAAAAUCUCUUUCGAAAUACUUCGGGAUCCCGUCAUUACACCAAGCGGAAUCACAUACGAGCGUAAAGAUCUUGAAGAGCAUUUGAUGCGAGUUGGUCAUUUCGACCCGAUUACACGAGUCACUCUAACCUCCGACCAGCUCAUGCCAAACUACGCAAUGAAGGAGGUUGUGGAUGCUUUCGUCACAGAAAACGAAUGGGCCUUAGACAUUUAACCUACAUGCAGGUUAAUAAAUAAUAAUAAUGCUAAAACAAACCUCCCUAAAAAAAGUCAUACGAACCAUGGAACAAGUCACAGCACACGAUAUAUCAAUUAAAUCUAGAGAAUAAUGCUACUAUUAUAACUCGACAUCAAUAUUUGUAGAAUAGCAUAGCAAAAUAUACAGUCAGGUUUACUUUGUAAGAGAAAUUUGUUAUUCAAAAAUCUAUCCUAUUGUUUUACACUUAAUAUAUAAUUGACAACCUUUUUCUAAUUGCUAUUAUACACAGAUACUUUAAAAACUUUGAAUAGAAAAAAUAUUGAAAAUCAAUUCCCUAAUAUCAACAAAUAUUCAUAUAAAUUAUAUUUACUCUACUACCUGUAUUAAUGUUUGAUGAUCUCUCUAUAUACUUGCUUAAUGAAUGAAUGGAUUAAGUAUGUCCAGGAUUAAUUAUUACCCUACUUUGACUAAUUUAGUAAUACUUAACAAUUAUAUAUUUUUGGUCGAGAAGACUAUAUAUUUUAUGAACCGAUGCCCUAAAAUGUGUCCUACACAUUUUGAGUUAUACAUAAACUUUGUUGUGAAAUGCUCACAUGAAUAAAAAGUAUAUAAUAUUGUUAA